AUGGUGGUGGGGCGUUCUACGACAUGGGCCUACGUCAGAAUCAUCUCCGGCACCAUUCUCGGUGGCGCCCUCGGCUUCUACGUCAUGGACCGCCUCGAGAAAAGUUACAAGGAGAAGAUGAACGAGAGACUGAGGAAGUAUCAAAAUGAUUUGAAGAUGAAAGAGGAGAAGGUGAACGAGUUUGCAGAAGAGUCUCUUUAG